UAUUCCUCUUCUCACUCUAUUUCACUCUCACAUUAAUUCCUUUUCAAAUUCUCUCACUGUUCAUAUACAGCGCAGCUAUGGAGUCCACUCCGCAGCAACUAACCACCCGUUCACCGCUCGAAGCCGGCGGCUGCGUUCGACGCCGCCCCACCGCCGCCGCGCUGGUGCGAAGGCUCAGCGGGAACCUUGUGUUCCGGUCGAAAUGGGCGGAGCUGAACGGCGCAAUGGGGGAUUUGGGCACCUAUAUUCCGAUAGUGCUGGCCUUGACACUGGCCAAGAACUUAGACCUCGGUACGACGUUGAUUUUCACGGGCGUCUAUAAUUUUGUCACGGGGGCUGUCUACGGCGUCCCCAUGCCAGUCCAGCCCAUGAAGUCCAUCGCCGCCGCCGCCAUCUCCAGCCCCAGUUUCGACAUCCCAGAGGUGAUGGCCGCCGGAAUUUGCACCGGCGGGAUCCUCUUCCUCCUCGGCAUCACCGGGCUGAUGCAGCUCGUGUACAAGCUCAUCCCAUUAUCUGUGGUCCGAGGUAUUCAGCUAGCACAAGGUUUGUCAUUCGCCAUGACGGCGGUGAAGUACGUAAGAAAUGAACAAAAUUUUUCCAAGUCAAAAUCCGCCGGCGAGCGGCCGUGGCUGGGGUUAGACGGUUUGUUGUUAGCUAUAAUCUGUGCUGGUUUUAUCAUACUGGUGAAUGGUUCCGGCGAGGAUCAAGAAAACGGAGAAGAAGAAGAAGAGAGUCCAAUAAGAACGAAGAAAAGUACGGUGACAAAAAUAAUAGCUUUACUUCCCUCGGCUUUCAUAAUCUUCUUGCUUGGUCUUAUUCUGGCGAUCAUAAGAGAUCCCAACGCGGUGAAAAGGUUCAAGUUUGGGCCGUCCUCCAUUAAAGUGGUGAAGAUCUCUAAGCAUGCAUGGAAGGAAGGGUUUGUGAAGGGGACAAUCCCGCAGCUGCCGUUGUCAAUCUUGAACUCCGUUGUUGCCGUUUGCAAGCUCUCGACGGAUCUUUUCCCCGGGAAGGAGGUGUCGGCCACGUCGGUGUCGGUGACGGUGGGGCUGAUGAACCUGGUGGGGUGCUGGUUUGGUGGCAUGCCGUGCUGCCACGGCGCCGGGGGGCUGGCCGGGCAGUACAAGUUCGGCGGGAGGAGCGGCGGUUGCGUGGCGCUUCUGGGCGUGGUGAAGGUGGUUUUGGGGCUGGUUUUGGGCAGCUCUAUAGUGAAGAUUCUGGUGCAGUUUCCGGUUGGGGUUUUGGGGGUUCUGCUGUUGUUUGCUGGGGUUGAGUUGGCAAUGUGUGCUAGGGACAUGAGUUCCAAGGAAGAGUCGUUUGUUUUGUUGGUUUGUACCGCGGUUUCGCUUGUUGGGUCGAGCGCUGCACUAGGGUUCUUGUGUGGGAUUAUCGCACAUUUGUUGUUGAGAUUUCGAAAAUUCGCAGGUGUUAAUCAACGCUAGUUGUUCAUACCCAUAUAUAUAUACCAUAAGUGACAAAGUCGAAUGGUGUUGAUCAUUAUAGAUCAUCUAUCUUUACAAUGAACAGCGAUUUAGCUCGUUGGCUCGAGUGUCAAUCAAGAUUAGUUGACCUAAUUGAUAAGUGACAAAGGCAAACGGUGUUGUUACAUGUUUGAUACGGAUCAUGGAUCUUGUUUAUGUAUUAUUCUCUUCUUCUAAAUACUGCUUAGUGAAUCAGUGAGAUAAGCUCAUGUAGACUUGUUUAUGUAUUAUAGGAGUGUACUUGUGUUAGUUGGGUAUGUAUUAUAUGGAUAGUUAUGAAGUGCAUAAAUUUGGUGGAAACUUUUAUAAAUCUUGAAGAGUGUGUAUACAUGUUUAAUGUUGUUGAAUGCAUGGUCUCUCCUUAUCGGUUACCAGUGACUAUAUAAUAAAAAUUGUGUUCAGUGACUUCAA